AAGUAAGGUAAAUUUGGAAAAUAACAGUCAACUGGUUAGUACCGUUGAAAUAAUGCUGUUAACGAACGAAUUUGCAACAAUGAUUAACGCGGACAACGACCAUCAAAUUAUUAAAAAUAAUAGCAAUAACAACGGCAGCACCAACAACAGGCUCGCCGACCUACAAAGCCAAAUUCAUAGCCAAACGCAGCAGCAUAUUUAUAAAGUUAAAUCCAAUGCUGAAAUUACUCAUAACAACAUUACCGCUAUUCAUAGCAAUAAAAAUGAUUUGCCACCCGCAUCUGCUAGGUCACCGGCACAGCGUAAACGGCUGCAUGAUGAUGGAAUUAAUAUAAGCAAUCAACGCUACGAGCUUAACGAACGUCCACCGGCAGCUAAGGCUGCCACAGUUGCUACAUCAGCGGUGAAUAAUUCAGUUUCUACAAUGUACGGCAUCCCGGCGGCAUUGUUGGACUUGGACCGUCAAGGCGAUGACGUGGUGUAUAAACUUUCACGGCAACAACAAGAAGAAAAUGAAGCAAAAAUAGCGUACAAAAAAACGCCAGCAAAUACGGAAUUGCUUUUACAUCGCCAAAAGCGUUAUUUGGUUUUUCCGGAAGGCAGCUCAUUUCAAAUGGUGUUCGAUCUCAUCAUCGGCGUAGUGGACUACACGAGUUACGCCAUUUUGGGCAUCACAUGUGCCGUCGCCUGGGAAUUACCGAGUAAACCGCCCAGUGAGUUAAUCGAAAAUUUACAUGAGAAAGUAACCGAAGGCAUUUACCAAACAAGUGCAACAAAAACAACUACCACUGCUACAGCGACUGCGGCAAUGCGGCGCAAUGAUAGCAUAACGGCAACGGCUGGCGGCGAUGGCGGCGGCGACAACAGUAAAUAUGGCAUAGACAGCGCCAGCAUCACGUAUGUUGAUAAUGCAAAUGUGGCAGCGCAGUUUGGCAGCAACUACCGGGCAGAUGCGCUACAUAUGAAAGUCGAGACAGCGCAACUGCCGUCACCUAUAAAUACGCUUGAAUCGCCCUACUACACCAAAGCGAAUCCAUUCAUGGCGCCCCCUGCCGGUUAUAGUGGUUAUCGUAAGGGGACAGAGGAGUGGAGUACCCAUGACAGCACCGCCUAUGGUGCUUAUCGACCGACUAACUAUUACACUAACAUACCACAUGGCAAUUACAACAACAAUAAUAUGGACAACAACUUAUAUGGCAGGGUGACGCACAAAUAUGGUUUUGCUGAUAAAAAUGAAAAGUCCAGUUACUACGAUGUCAGCAACAGUUAUGGCAUAAACAACAACAACAGCAACAACAACAACAACCGCGACAAAAGGCCUUUCGGCGAUUCAAGAGAUAAACUGCCAGUGAAAUUUGCCAAUCGGUGGCAGCAACAGCAACAGUCACCGUAUAAAAAGUGGCAAUCAUGGCGGGAUUAUGACAGCAAGUCAUGGCAUUCAUAUCAGCAACCACAGCAGCAGCAGCAGCAGCAGCAGAAGCAAGCUACGAAAUGGGCACAUCAACCACAAAAGCAACAAAUAUGGUCAGCUCAAACGAAAUACGUAGGGAAGGACAAUUGGUGGUCGAGCAACAACAAGCACUAUGCUACGGACAAUUGGCGCACAAAACCAGAAGAUUGGCAAGCGAACAAUGUGCGCAAUCAUGAGGCACCAAUGCAACCUCGACAUCCUGUAGUAGCCUAUGCACCGCCUAGUGAGACUACACAGGCUACAAUCAACUCAAAAUCCGAUGCAUUCGAAGGUCGCAGCUUUGAUGAAUCCCAACGUAGCGUUCUGACAGCACGGCCCAAAGCCAGAAUUUAUCCAGUUUUCGGACGGCGGCGACGAAGGCGAAGUAGCGAUACUAAAUUACACGAUUUCGAACAUAAGCUAGAGCGUAUACACUUGCGUGAACAACUUCGUACACGUCAAAAACUAUAUGGCAAAAUUGAGAAACUCUAUGAAACUCGCGGAUUGAACGGCACCGCCUGUGUAUUGCGUGCGCUCUGCGAAACUGGACAGCAGCAUAAGGGGGGUAGAACGGAACCACAAAGUUUCAUCACAGAAUUAUUGCGCGCCAUUUUCGUGUUGCCCACAACCAGCCGUAACCACGUAAGCGAUACAGUAAGCUUUGAGGAGCCCGCUUUACAUCCCACCGAUUUGCACAUCGUCGAUCGACCAUACAGGGAGGCGCCGACGCAUCAUGGCAGCUGCUCGCAACUUUUUUCCAUGUGUGAGCAUAGCAUCUGGGAAUGAAGUGGCAGCAGGCAGGCAUAAUAAAUGAUGAAAACCAAAUAUGUUGAUGAAAAAUUCACAAAACAAAAAAUGAAAAAUAAAAAAAAAUAUUUUACCAAACAGCCAAGCUGUAGAGUUUCUUCGACUGGAAUUGUUUCGCAACGAGUUUUUGGCGAAACUUUACUUUUUCCUGAAUUCCAUUU